AUGGCUGGUCGCAGGAAAACCCACGAUUUUUGGGUAGUCAACUCAAAGAAGUACAAGCCUGAUGAGCACUUCGGUCAAAAGAAGAUGAAAAUGUGGAAAGGAAAGAAUAAGAAGAAGGGUCGCAAUCACAUUGAGACCAGGAAACAAAACGGCAGCCAACAGUCUCAAAAGAUACGAAGAAAGCCAACGUCUACCUGGGGGCAAUGGAAAGAACCCCAUCCUGUAGCAAGAUGCAAUAAGGGCACCGAGGUUGCGGAUCAUAUUGCCGGGACUGGUCAGCACCAGAAACACGAGGUGAGCUAUACAAGGAAACAAAAAAGAAAAUUACAAGUGGCCAGAUUCGUCAAGCUCGAGACGAACGGCCAAGAACUUCAGCCAAAUAGGGAGCAACACGAUCGAAAUGCGGGAGGAUUUGAGAAAGUCGCCAGGCGUCAGCGUGGCAAGGUGCGCAAGCAGAGACUGGCAAAAAGUUGGAUCGAGGAACCUUGGGACAUCACGGAUUCUGACUUGGCAUGGCUUCAUCAGACACGCGGAAAUCAUGCCGCCGAAUCCGACGUACUCAGCAAUGAGAACACCGCGCACUCUGAAGAGGUUUUUCUUGAAGAGACUCAGGAUCAGCUUCAAACGACCCAGAGUAAGGGCCUGACAGCGGGCUGUGUACCUCUCGUAGACGCAGCCGACGGAGUCCUCAAGGCGCUACUGGAAUCUGUCCCUAGUCUCGAUGACAAGGUCACUGAGCUCAGUAUUGAAGCUUCAACAGUCUUGGCUGACAUCGGCGCACUCCAAAUCAGAGUCAAAGAACUCAUAGCCAAACGGGACGACAUCGUCACCAAACUUGCGGGCCUUGACGAUGCUGGCGCCGCCUUGCAAUCGCACGUCGCACGGGUAACACAGGCCCAGCGCAAAGAACCUUGCUCGAUGUUCACACGUCCCUUAACAAUCAGAGUCGCUGCGCCAAAGAUAGGCCAAGCACAAGGCAGGUCAUGGCAGUCAUCAUGUACUUGA